AUGUCGUUAAUUUGCCGCAUUCUUUUCUUCUUCUUCUUCUUCUUCUUCUUCUUCUUCUCCCUCCCCUUCCACCACGCACUAGACCCAGUCAAUGUACUGAAUGUACAAUAUAAUGUCUCGAGCGACUCGUUCACCGGCGUGUCUGGCCUUUUGUCUAGGCAGUUCGUAGCGUACAGUCGCAACCCACCACAGGUUCUGUUGCGCAGGUUUCUUGCCCCACGGCGGCCUGAUUUCGAAGCCCUUCCUAACCGGUUUAUCAUGAUAAACAUGGUUGACAACGUGCCUGGGCGUACAGCCACCCUCGCCCUGUGCGACGAUGACCUGUACGUCCCGGGUUUCAAAGAUACCACUCUCCAGUGGAACCAUUUCAGAAGAUUCGAGCCAAUCGUGCCUGGCUCCAGGGAACUGCCCGUUCACCACACUUACCCAGAGCUUCUGCCAUUGUUCCCAAACGGCAGCAGAAUGUCACACCUGCAACUGCAUCUAGUACCCUUGGGCAAAGCUGCCACCUUGGGUGCAUUCCGGACGUUGGCAAACUAUAAUCCUCGCACCACGCCAAGGAAGGACCUUAGGUCCGCGCUGGUAACACUAAUCGUCACCUUUAGUGAAGGACACAGAUUUGAUCAGCUAAACAGACGACUGAAGAACGAGUGGGACAACGCUCGACCAAUCUACAUGCUUGAAGAGGAGGCACCGUACGUUGUACAUUGGGGUUCGCUGUCUCGUGCGCUCCAAUGGUGGGAGGAGAGUGGUCGCAAAAGUUGGACCAAUAGUCCACAGGACAUUGCAGAAUUCAAAAAGAUCCAUGCCAACAGUCCCCAGGCAGCUAGAGAUGUGCUGCUCUUCUUACAAAGGACCAUGAAAUUCAAUUUAUAGAUGUAGUACUAUGUUGUUUUACAUUUAAGCCAGA